AUGCCCGCCUCCGGCGGGCCCGCUGCGCUGCCGGCCUUGUGCGUGGCGCUGAUAGCUGGUCUGGACUGGCGAGCGAGCCCCCUCCGGCCUGGACCCGUGCCACGGAGUGAGGCCCUGGUGUGGCUCGACGGGGGCGCCGACGCCGGCGUCGAGGCCUUGUUGACGGCUCCGACUCCCACGGGGGAAGAGUGGUGCGCUGAUCUCCCUCGCGGUGCUCUCGCCCGGGUGAGCUACGACGACGACGUCAGGGACCUCGAGCGUGUCGUGGUUUGGCCCUCGCGGCGAGGGGAAGCUGUCGAGCGGGUGGGUCUGCACUUCUACUGGGUCCUCUCGCCCGACGGCAACUGGUGGAGGGAGCUGCUCUCAGGGGCCUCACCUACCGACGGCCCUUCGGACGACGAGCGCAUCGCCGACGGGGGCGCCUCGCCUGCUGAUGGCCGGAAGCUGUGCAGCUUCCGCGAGCGGCCGACCCCUACUCGGCUCGUGGAGCCGGCCGACGGGUGCCGACUGGCGAUGGAGGCUCGCGGGCAGGCGGCUGCCGGGGGGCCCGCCCACGUGGAGCUCGCCUCUGGCGUGCUGCUGGAAGGCGGGGAGGUGUCCCCGUGGGCCGCGCCGCCGUGGCCGUCGCACCGACUCCACGGGAGGCAGGGGCACGUCUGGGUGCUGACCGAGCCAGUGUUCGACCUGGACAUCGGCACGCUCGCGGACCCGUCGAACGAGACGCUCAUUGGCGCUGGAUUGGGUGCCCCCGGGCUUCGUCGCGGACGGGCGUUUCGUCGGGAGCUGGUGCCGCGGGACGGCGGGGCAGGCCGGGCGUCACGCCGUGUGGCCGAGCUGGGCCGUCUCCUGGAGGUGGCAGUUCCCGUGGCGACGCUCGGCUCCUCUUCCCCGGGCGGUGUCCUGGAUGGCGCCGCUGCCAGCGGCGCGGAGGGCGCUCCCGCCCGGGAUGGCGCUCCGUCGGCUGAUGCUUUGGCUGACGCCGCUCGAGAUGGCACUCGCAUGUUCUGGAUCGAGUGGGACGGCCAAGGGGAGCGGUACAAGGGGUUCAGAGAGGCCGCGAACGAAUCGGCGGACUGUGUCGAGGGCCACCAGCGUCAGGAGGACGGCCUGACUCGCCUGCACACCUGCAAGAUGAUGUACCACACGAUGGGCACCCCUCGGAGAUGGCUCGAGAAGUUCUUGAGUGACAAGCACGUCGUGCACGCCGACCGGGUGUUCGAGGAGGCCGUGUCCUUCGACCAGGCCAACCUGGGGGGGCUCGCUCUCCUUGUGGUGGCCGAGCGCCGGCUCAACGUGACCGUGGACGCCUACAAGUGCGCGGGCACCCCCUCGUUCGCCACCGCCAAGUACUUGGCUCCGCUGGGCGAGUCAGACGAGUCGACGGCGCCGCCGCCGAGGAGCCACGUGGCCUACCACAUGAAGGAGGCCUGUGGGGUCGAGCAGUCCGUGAUGAAGGCCGAGGCUGCGGAUGCUCGUGUGACAGACUUGUUCCCCGUGCCGAUGAUGGCUGCGCCGGGCGGCUCCGCCCGUGGGCGCAGGUCUCAGCAUAGGACUCGCGCUCGGCAGCACGAGGUGGAAUUGGUGAAUCGCGCCCUCCGCAGCUUGAACUGGUUGGCCGGCUUCAAGGGCGCGGCCGCUUCACCGAGUCCGGGCGCAACGACCCUGGACAAGCAUGCAGCCCUUCAGCAGCACUUGCUUCGUGAAGCUCAUCGGCGACAGGCCGCAGCUCCGCAGGUGAUGCCGAGGGCGGAGGCAGCCCUGAGGGAGCUGCUCCGGGGGCAGUCCGUGUACGAGACGGACUUGGCCCCAAGGAACCUCGUCUCCUACCUGCCCGGCAAGGUCUCACUCCCCGACAGCGUGCUGGACUGCCGCUUCAUCGAGGAUAUCGUGAGCCCUGGGUGCCGCUCGUUCUUGGAGGAGAACCACAAGCGUAUGAGGUUGGAGCCGGAGUCAGUCAACUUCGACAGCAUGCCGCGGCUAUACAUGGACCCGGUGCUGAAGAGGAACCCCAAAUCCUACCGUACCUUUCUGCGGGAUCUUGCUGGACGCGGACUUCUUGGUGUAACGGCUAGGCCCGCCGAGUCGGUGGGCCUGUUUUUCGUAGCUAAAACGAACGGGGCACAGCGUAUGAUAAUUGAUGCGAGGCGGAGCAACGGCCACUUCAGAGCCCCGCCAGGCGCGCAGCUUCUCAGCAGUGAGGGUUUCGGCCGGAUCGAGAUUGAGUUGCCGCCUGGUGUUCUGCCCUCGUCGGUUGAGGGGCAGCGGCUCCUGGACGCCUUCGCCGUCUACGUGGCCACCACCGACGUGAAGGACUGCUUCUACCGGACGCGCGUGCGCGAGGACCUUGGCCGCUACUUCUGCCUGCCCGCCGUCCCCAAGUACGUGUUCGACGGCCUGCAGGUGGCCGGCGUCCCGGCGGAGACCCCGCCAGACGCUCCCGUGCGGCCCUACUUGGCCGUGCUGCCCAUGGGGUUCACGUGGUCGUUGUACCUGGCCCAGGCGGCGAAUGAGGACAGGGUGCGCCGAAGCCCCAGCCUGUGCAAGGCGAUGCCGGCUGGCAGGCAGCAGCCCUUGAUUCAGGACCAGGCCGAGGCCUUCGUGCUUUGCGCCGCCUCGCGCGGGGUCGGGGGCGCCUACGUGCACGUGGACAACCUAGGCGCCGUGUCGGACGACGCCGAUCUCAGUGAGAGGAUGGUGUCAGAAUGGAGCGACUUUUUCGAGCCGGUCGGGCUGGCGCUCCACAAGUCAGAGUCCCACGGGGGCGCUGGUGAGGCUCUCGGCACCGAGCUUGACGGCGUCCGCCUUCGCUCGGGGAUCACCUCGAGCCGGUUUUGGAAGCUCGAGCGAGGCUUAACUGGCCUUCUCGCUCGGGGGCGUUGCAGCGGCCAGGCGCUUGAAAAAGUAAUCGGGCAUUGCACGUUUUGCGGCCUGGCGGCUCGUGAGUCCCUGUCUAUCUUCCACACUGUCUAUAAGUUCAUUUCGGUUCAGUAUCUCGACGCGGGCCCGAUGUGGCCCGAAGUGGUCGAGGAGCUCGUAGCUUUUAGAGGGGUCCUUUUACUUCUGGGCCGCGACUGGUGGCUGCCAUGGAACCCUUGCGUUUUAGAAACCGACGCCAGCCUAGCGGGCUGGGCGAUGGCCCAAAGCUUCUGGGACCCAGCUCAGGUCGCCGGCGUCGGUCGUGUCAGCGAGCGCUCCCGUUUCAGGCGCGUCGGUGCUCACUCCGCUCGGGAAUCCGCACUCACCUCCGCCCACCUCUUCCGUGACGAGUCAGGCGAGUGGAGAAGCCAGCUCCUAGGAGACGAUCUUCUUUCAGACGACUGGGGGGUCGUUGCGGGUUUUCCCGAAGUCCCCUGGCAGCUCCUCCGGGGCUCGGCCUGGAAAACCGUCCGGAAGGGGGUUUGGGGCCUUAGCGAGGGCAUUCUGGUGCUGGAGGCCCGGGUCUUGGUGAAGGCCAUCCGUAGGCUCGCCAGGACCAGACACGGGUCUUGCAUCAGACAACUUUUCUUGUGUGACAAUAUGGCCGUGGUCCUAGCUUUUGCCCGCUCGAGGAGUCAGGACUUCAAGCUUCUGGUCCAGAUUCGACGCUUCAACGCUUACGCUCUUGCCCUUGGCAUCGCCCCAUAUUUUAGAUGGAUCCCUUCGGAGUUUAACCAGAGCGAUGCCGGGAGCCGCGAUCACUCGGAAGAGUCUGUCCCGACGGAUGCGUGCUCGGACGCUGCAGCCGACGUGGGCCCCAGUGCGGCCGAUCCCUCCAGGGCCGCUACGUGUUCGGCCGAGACCUGGCGUUCGCCCGCCGCCUUGCCCGAGUGCUCCGCUGGCGGCGAGGGCGAGGGCGAGAAUGCUGACGGGGCCCCAGAGAGCGACGGAGGCACGUGGCCCCAGAGCCCGCCUCGACGUGCCGACGGGGGUCCACGGCGCCCGACCGGCCCAGACAUGCUUGGAGCGCCGCCCUUGCCAGCCGCCGACGACCUCGCUCCCGCGGCCUCCGCUGGCGACGACGAGGCGGGCGCCGAGGGAGAGGGCGAGUCGAGCGGGCCCGACAACGUGGUGAACCAUGCGACGGCGGCUUCGAGGAGAUCUCGCCGCCUCCAGGACUCCCGGCGCCAACGCCAAGCGGCCCUCCACACGGACAUGUUCAUGCAGGCCGUUGUCGGGGGGCCCGCGUUGCUGGAGCGUCUGGCGGUGACUCGCCGGGCGAGGGAACGCUACGCCAAUUAUCUCGAUCGUUCUUACUCGCAUGCCGACCCGACCAACGACAAGCUCAUGAGGGGCACGAACGAGGCCGUGGACUGCUGGGCGUGCGACUACUUCAACGCGAUGUACCUGUCCGAGGAGCAGAGCGGCCUGGAGGACCAGACGGGAACUGCCCUGGUGGGCCGGCGCCCAGCUUUCGACCAGCGGGGCGGGGGAGCCCCGCCACGGACGUGGCGAGCGCUGGAGGCGUGGAGACAACGGGCGCCUCCGCGGACCCGCCAAGCACUGCCGUUCGCCGUGCAGUCGCCGGGGGUGUGGCUGCUGGCGGACAGGGGCCUCCCGCUCAUGGCUCUGUCCUUAGCGGUGGGCCUCUCCGCCUGUUCCAGUUACUUCCAGGGGGCAGGCCCUCUAUUCCCCGAGCCCGAAGUGAGCGGAGACCGGCCAAUGCUGUGGCCUUUCGCGUACCUAGAGCUUUCAAAGGCGGUGCAACUGGCGGCGGCCGAGGACGGGGUCGACAGGCUGACACUGUACCACCUCCGCCGCUCAGGCGCGAGCAUCGACGCCAGCAGGCUCUCGCGUACCCUAGAGGAGAUGCGGAUGCGGACCUGGCAGUCGCUC